UAUAGAGACAUUUCUGAUUCAGACAGAAACAGUGGAAUACAAAGAAAUCUACAGCCGUGUCAAGCUCCCCAAAAAAGGAUGAGACAGCUCCUGGGUUUGCUACUGGAAGCAGUUUGGCCACUGAACUUUGAAAACCCCUAACUCCAGCCUUCAAGAAAGCAUGGGAACGGGACCUUUCCAACCACAGAAAUUAAAGCAGAUCCCCUAGUAACCACGUGUCCUAUUUCACGCCGCUGUUAACCAGCAAAGCAGAACUACCAGCAAAGCAGAACUACCUUCCUUUUCUAGUUCGCGGACCUGGUCCUCGAAGCUACCGGGUGCGGUGGCACCGAGACUCUCUCACCCAGGUCCUCUGAGAGCAUCCCACCCUGUCUUGGAGAUCCGCGGGCUCUGCCCAGACCCUCAAAGGAACAGCAGUUGGGUUUUGUUGGGGGGGAGGAUGGAAGGGGGUGGUCACCCAGGCCCCGCCCCUCGCCCCUCCCUCUCGGCAGCUCGGUCCUACUUAGGGUCCCGGGGUCGCUCCCCAGCGGCUCAGACAGCUCGAGCUGCCACUCAGCCAGGGCCGGGCUGCGCCGCCGUGCUGAGAAUGGACAGCAGGGCGCGGAGCUCUUCCAGAGAGGCCCACGGGCGAGGUGGCAGGUCCUCUUCCAGGGAGGACAAGAGGGCGAAGGCCGGGAGGGGCAGCGGAAGCCGCACGCGCCCGGAGGCUGGGUCAGAGCGGCGGAACUCCGGGCGAACCCGGACGCGGGGAGAGCCCCGAGCCCCCGCCGCCACCGUGGUGGACGUGGACGAGGUUCGGGGCUCCGGUGAGGAGGGUACCGAAGUGGUGGCGCUGCUGGAGAGCGAGCGACCCGAGGAAGGUAUCAAGUCCUCUGGGUUAGGGGCCUGUGAGUGGCUGCUUGUCCUCUCCUCCCUGCUCUUCAUCAUCAUCACUUUCCCUUUCUCCAUCUGGUUCUGCAUAAAGGUUGUACAAGAGUAUGAAAGAGUAAUUAUAUUCCGACUGGGACAUCUGCUCCCUGGAAGAGCCAAAGGCCCUGGCCUGUUCUUUUUUUUGCCGUGCCUGGACACCUACCACAAGGUUGACCUCCGUCUCCAGACCUUGGAGAUACCUUUCCAUGAGGUGAGAUGCACAGUAUGUUUGCUUCCUCUCGACAUUUCUAUGGUCUACUGUCCUACUCAAUCCCAAGGCAAAGUAACUAUGCUCAAAACAGCCCAUGUGACUGCCAGCAGAAAGUUCAUAAGCAAAACUACCCUAAAAAUGUUAGUCAUUUGGCAGGGUCUCAGCCCAGAGACGCUGGUCUCACUGGCAUCUCACCUCUUCCCCCCACAGGUUGCCUUGGACUCAGUGACCUGUAUUUGGGGCAUCAAAGUGGAGAGAACUGAAAUUAAGGACGUGAGGCUGCCGGCCGGGCUCCAGCACUCUCUGGCCGUGGAGGCUGAGGCACAGCGACAGGCCAAAGUGCGGAUGAUCGCGGCAGAAGGGGAAAAGGCGGCUUCUGAGUCCCUGAGGAUGGCCGCUGAGAUCCUGUCGGGCACCCCGGCUGCCGUUCAGCUGCGAUACCUGCAUACUCUGCAGUCCUUGUCCACAGAGAAGCCGUCCACCGUGGUUUUACCUUUGCCAUUUGACAUGCUAAACCUUCUGUCUUCUCCCAGCACCAGAACGCAGGGAAGUAUCAGCUACCCACAUUCCUCCAAACCUGCUGAACCACUAAAUCCCAAAAAGAAGGACUCUCCCAUGUUAUAGGGGUGAGUGGGCAGAAAGCGAAGUGCGUCUGCCCUGUCAAACUCUAUCCCCGAGUGAGGCAAUCAGUCCUGCUCUUGUUGGGUUGCCACAUAGAAGGCCUUUUGGAUGUGUGAUGUCGCAAGAUGGCCACAUGCGUGAGAACACAGUGAAAUGCCAGUGGCAGAGAAGGCAUCUAACUACAUCAUAGUAAUUACAGGAAGGAGAUUUAAAAUUUUCAAUCUGUAUGUGGCUCGAUCUUGACUUCUGAAGACUUAGUUCAGAUAUCUUCCACUGCGUGUUACCUGGCUCCCUUAACAAGGUCUUUGCAGGUCCCACAGCCUUUUCUAUGAGCACCUUAUCAGUGUGCUUAUCACACCGAGUGGUGAGCCUGCGCUUAAGUUCUACCUGGGCUGGAGAGAUAGCUCAGAGGUUAGAAGCACUGCUGUUCUUCCAGAGGUCCUGAGUGCAAAUCCCAGCAACCAUUUGUAAUGAGAUCUUGUAUCCUCUUCUGGCAUACAGGGAUACAUGCAGGCAGAACACUGUAUACAUAAUAAAUAAAUCUUAAAAAAAAAAGAUAGAGUUCUACCCCCUUUCAGCAUUCUUCAAAACUCCCACUGAAACAGCCCAAUAAGCUCUGCUGCUGGCUUUUAACAACCUUUCAAGCCUAAAAUCCCAAACUCUCCCACAAAAUAGUACAAAGGCAUAAAAGCCUCAUGGUCAGGCUUGUCACGGGAACAACCCCAUUUCCUCAGUACCAGUUCUGCUUUCGUUUAAUUUCUGUUUUUAUGAUAAAAUAUUCUAUCAACAAGAAGCUGAAAGAAGAAAUGGUUUAUUUUAGCUCACAAAUCCAGGUUAUAGUCCGUCACUGUAGGGAAGUUAAGGCAGGAACUUGAGGCAACUCUUGGGCACAUCAUAUAUGGAAAUGCCCAAGGCAGAAACCUGGAGCAGCUGGUCACAUCACAGUCAAGUGCAGAAAGAAAUGAAUUCGUGCUGCUUAGUAACUUGAGUUCAGCUCAGUUUAUUCACUCAUCCAGUUCUGGGCUCCCCUCCUGGGGGAUGGUGUCCCCUACCAUGGGCUGGAUCUUCCCACGCUGAUUAACUUAAAACAGUCCCUUACAGAC